UCUCUUUCUCUAAUAAUAUGAGAAGUUCAGAACUAAUUUCCGGAACGCUUACCAUUAACAAAUCCACCGACGGAAAACCUCGUACCGAUACACCACCUUAAUCGCCGAUCGCCGGUGGUUACUGUUACGUCAUGCAUCAUCAUCAACAACACCAAAAAUCCGUCCACUUUGAACCGGGCUAUCGCCGUCCGGUUCGAAAUGUGACGCCGCUGGCAAUCGCGCCGCCGUUACUCCCGCGCGUGUUCACCCCCGUCCUGAGCCCCACCCAGCGGCGGCGCGUGGCCAUCGCCGUCGACCUCAGCGACGAGAGCGCGUUCGCCGUGAGAUGGGCCGUCCGGCAUUACCUCCGGCCGGGGGACGGCGUGGUCCUGCUCCACGUCCAGCCAACCGCCGUGCUCUACGGAGCCGACUGGGGGAUCUCCACUCCCUCCGACCACGCGCCGCCGCCGCCGCCGCAGACGGCGGCGGAGGAGGAGGAUAUCAUCGACGAUUUGACGAGCGCGAAAGCGGAGCAUCUAGCGGAGCCGCUGGUGAACGCGAACGUGCCGUUCACAAUCCACAUAGUGAAAGAUCACGAUCUGAAGGAGAGGCUGUGCUUAGAGGUGGAGCGGCUGGGGCUGAGCGCCAUGAUAAUGGGGAGCCGAGGUUUCGGGUCGCCGUCGAAAAGGGGGAGCAAGGUGGAGAGACUUGGGAGCGUGAGUGACUAUUGCGUCCACCAUUGCAUCUGCCCCGUGGUGGUGGUGAGAUAUCCCGACGGAGACGGCGGCGGCGGGGCGGCGACCGAGGUGGUGGUGGAUCUCCACCCUGUUCCGGAGGAUAAAGAAUACGAGUACCACGAUAAUGCUGACGAUGAAGUGGAUGAACUUGAAGGUGUUUGAGCCAUGCUUUACAUGAGCUUCAUCCCCUUGUCCCAAACUCAGGUGGUGUAUUGUGUUCAAAAAAUUUCCGUCAUUAUAAAUGAAAAUUACAAUUUC